AUGUCAAGCCCUGGCAAUAACUGGGAUUUCUAUCAGCACAAUGCUCCUGCCAAGCCCGUGGGUUUGUUCUCUAGCAACCAAGUCUCCGAUGCGACAACCGUGACCGCGACCCACAUCGGUUCAGCUAGUGGUGGCGGCGGCUUGAGCCCAGAAGGCCGUGUGGCAAAACCUGUCAGGAAAAGAUCCAGGGCUUCCAGGAGAACUCCUACCACCUUACUCAAUACCGAUACCGCCAACUUCAGAGCCAUGGUUCAGCAGUUCACUGGUGGCUCAUUGGCUCCAUUUGCUUCAGGUGCUUCAAGCACCAGCUCUUACCCUAUUGCUACUAAUUUCAGCCUGGGGAUCGGGACUGGCCAGCAAUAUGGUAACCCUAAUGCAGGCAUGAUUCCUAGACCAGGGUACAAUAUUCUACAAGUCCAGCAACAGCUGCAUCAACAACAACAACAGCAACAACAUCAAUUCAUGUUCUCAAAGAAUGACAACCCAAGUGAUGAUGAUCAUCAUGCCUAUCUCCGGGGGCUCGAAAGAUCCUCAAUACCUCACAUGGAGUCUUCUGGCGGUGUCGAUUUUCGCUUAGACGGUGUCUCCUCAUCUGUGCCUCCAAUAAUCAGGUCUUCUUCCUCCAGCCAGAAUCUAAGCGAGGACAACUACAUGUUAUAA